AUGAAGUUUCAGUGGGGACUGGAUGCUUCGAUCCAGCGCGAUGUCGCUGUUCUGGAAUUGAAAAUUGUGCAGCUUAUUUUCGCUAAGGCUAUGGCCAUUGAGCAGGAAAACCUGACUUUCCAGGAACAGGAAUCGGCCGAGAGGAAUUUUCAUAGAAAGGGAAAGGCAACUGUGGGGAGCAGUAAGGCAUCUGGGAAUCGAGGUGGAUUCUGGAAGCGGCAGAGGACAAAUCAACAGGCGCUGGCUAGGGCUGCACCUGCUAGGAUUGCUAAGGCUGCACCUGUUGGGCAGGGAGCACCCUUGAGAUGCUACAACUACAAGGAGUUUGGCCAUACUACUAAGGCUUGCACAAAACGGAAGAACUUGGCGUGCUUUACUUGUGGCCAAGCGAGGCAUUUCUCCAGGGAUUAUACCCAGCAGCAGGGUAGGGGACAAGGGAACCAGCAGAGGCAACUACCUCAGGGAAAUGCGAGGCUGUUUGCUGUUGGUCAGCAGAAUACCGGAGUGGAAGGUACAUUAUCCUUAUUUGAUUUCCUUGCUAGGGUGUUGUUUGAUAUGGGAGCAUCCCACUCCUUCAUAUCUAGUUCUGUGGUUGAUAUGUUAGGAUCGACUCCUAGGCCUCUUGCUAGACCCUUGAGUGUUAUUUCUCCAGUUGGUGUUUCCCUUGAGUUGUGUAUGUUUUGUGAUGCAUGCCCGAUUUUGAUUGGUGGUAGGGAGUUUACCGCGACUUUGAUUGUGUUAGCAGAUCAUACGUAUGAUGUUAUUUUGGGUGUUGAUUGGCUGAGGCCAAAUCACAUUAUGAUUGAUUGCUUUGAAAUGGUAGUGUCAUUUCAUAUGCCUGGACAGCCAGUGUUUCAUUAUCGGUGUCUUAGGUCAGACACUGGUUUGAGGGCAGGAUUCUUAGCUCAUGUGGAAUCGGUGAGUUGUGCUACAAUUUUGGCAGAGAUUGAUGUGGUCUCCGAGUAUAGUGAUGUGUUUCAGGAGAUACCAUGGUUACCUCCAAGGAAGGUAAUGGAUUUUGCUAUCGAUGUGAUACCAGGUACUGCACCUGUAUCCAUGGCACCUUUUCAGAUGGCACCAACAUAA